ACCCAGAUCAGGCGGGACACGAGGGAAACACCCAGAUCAGGUAGGCUCUCACAGUUUUUUCACCACGGAGCCUAUUGGUGCAUCAGCCAGUCAGUCAAUGAAAGGUGUGAUGGAAAGCACAACAUUCCCUCUCAGUUGGUGGUGGUACAAGGACGACUGAGAGUGAAUUGAGUGAAUGAAUGGAGGCACUAAAAACACUGCAACCCUAAGACAAAGCACCUCUACCACAACACCAUUAGAGAAAG